CAAAACAAGAGCUGUACUUGGAUCUUCUUCAGCGUAGGGCAGCGCAUCUCCCUUUUACGCCGUAUUUGUUGCCAGAGUGUGUCGUUUACUCGUCGUGUCAGUUCUGAUGGUUCGUGUGGCGUGAGUUUCCUAGAAAUGUAAAACAAUUUGGAAGACAUAUUCCAAAACACGUCGUAGUAAUUUGUCUCGAAUACGGAAGCCCUUUUUACAAAAGAAAAGAAAAUAAAAAAAGAGCGAAGAAGAUUACGGAAACCCCUUCAAUAACAACAAAACGGCACAAAAACAAGUCAACCAGCUCGGUUCCGCUCGGAUGGAUUGCGAAAAAUUUCCUUUGUUUUGAUGCGACAACGAGUAGGCGAAUGCCAAGAACGAUUGUUGCGUGUUUUCGCUCUCUUCUUCACAAUCGAAGCAAGCGAUUGUGUUGCAGUUUUCCCACCUAAUCUGCCGUAUCAGCUGUAAAAGUCCAUUUCAACUGUUUUGGGUUGUGCGUUUGUAGUUGCACUUUUGGUUUGUGCGCGCGCGUGUGCGUUUUUUUUUGUGUUAUGUGGUAAUACCAAAGAAAAGAACUGUGUUAAAGAUAAGCGUUUCCACGAAAUCGAGUCUGUGUGUUCUGGGUAAGGUUAGCGUGAAAAGGGCACAAAACUGCAAUACUCAAUACUCUCUGCCCGCACACAUACACAUCAUCACCGUCAUCACACAACGCAUACGCGGGUGAUUUACAAAGGCAGACCGACACGUGUGGAAGUUGACGGUUACAGCAGAACAGCAACAAAAUGCCCAUCCUGUUCAGCAUGAUUGCACGCGGCCAGACCGUGCUGGCCAAGUUCGCGGACUGUCUCGGUAACUUUACCGAGGUGACGGAACAGAUCAUCCCGAAGAUACAGCUGAUCGAUCACAAGCUCACCUACUUGCACGGCAACUAUCUGAUCCAUUACAUCUGCGACAACCGUAUCAUCUAUCUCUGCAUUACGGACGAUAAAUUCGACCGUUCGCGUGCGUUCCUGUACCUGCAGGAUAUCAACGAGCGGUUCAUAUGCAUGUACGGGCUGUCGGUGGCCACCGCCAUCACGUACGCAAUGAACACCGAGUUCGCCCGUACGCUAGCCGCACGAAUGCACGCCAUGAACGAAUGUCUGGAGCAGGAUGAAAUUAGCCGCUUCAAUGGGGAAAUUGGCGAGCUAAAGGACAUAAUGGUGAAGAAUAUCGAAAACAUCACCAACCGGGGCGAACGGUUGGAGCUGCUCGUUAACCAAACGGAAAACCUCCGCAACAACUCAGUGACAUUCCGUCAAACAUCGCGCAACCUGGCCCGCACCAUGUUCUGGCGCAACGUGCGCAUGUACUUUCUCGUUACUGCCAUACUGCUGUUCGUGAUCUACGUGAUCGUGAGCAUGGCAUGCGGUGGGUUGCUGUGGCAGAGCUGCAUCAACUCGUCGGGCGCCCCGAAACAACCACCAGCAGGCGGUUUGUAAAUGGGGGAAAGAGUGUGUGGUAGGGUUCGAGGGGUGGGGUUGGAAGGUGGAAAAUUAAAAAAAAAAAGGGAUAACGGGCAGGGCAGGUGUAGGACUCAGUCAUGCAUGCUGGCAACACGGGUUAAGCGAAAGCAGGACACGCUUUUAGCGUAAGGAUUCAUAGGUAGGGACACACGCGUUAAUGUAUGAGCAUAUGCGAAGCGUACAUUGAUUAGAUUUUUUUCCCACUUACACAGCGGGAAUGUAUUUUAUGCACUUGCCACCCUUUACUCCACCCAUUACUCCCCUUGGCACGGUCGGGUGUGUUGUGAUUUGGCAUUGUGAUUGGCAAGAGCUUUGAAUAGCGUUCAACACGCUAUCAAAAUCAAAUUUACUAUGAAACAUAAUACUACACUCCUGUUUCAUUCGUACAAAAUCGAAUGGGAUUUAUUUAGAUUUUCCUUUUUUUUUAUUUUACAAAUUUAUUAAACUACAAAAAAAAACUUCUUCAAUUACAUGUUGUGAACAUCCGCUAACGGAUCGUUGAUUAUUUCGAUUAUGUUUCGUUCUAAAGUACGAAGAUACAAAUGAAUCACGCAGGUGGAGAAGAUACGAAGAAGAUAUGAGUUAUUUUUGUUUUAAACGUUACAUUUCCUUUAGUUUAUGUGAUAUAUAUUACGAUGCGUUUUCUGACCUGCUGCACGCACACCGCAGAAAAGGCUGGAAAAUGAACGAACGAUAAAUUUCGUCUCCUUACUUUAUGCUUUAUCUCCAUUUAUAGUGCCCGUAUCGCGUGAACAAAUUGGUAGCAAGUGGACAGAUAAAUGUGUAGUCCUGUUGCGAAUAUAAGGAAGCAGAUCCCAAGAAGUAUUGAGCCUGUUGCGCACGAUGGUUUGAUUAGCUAGAAAAGCAAAGACGUAUAAACAAAAUGUUAGCAUUAUCAAAAAUGGCGUACAUUAGCCCGGCGGGUUGUUGAAUUGCGAAGUUUCUUUACCUUUUUUUGUUUUUGGUUCUAUAUUAUUACGUUUUUGAAUUAAUAUACUAAAUCAUACGGUGCGGAAUGAUAACGAAAUUCCUUGCGUGUUCCGGCGACAGGAAUACAAUUACUAAGAGAAUGAUCUGAGACUUUUAUGCGGUAAAAGAAACGAAUAUAUAUAUAUACAUAUACUUAUUAACAAAAUAUAGCAGGCAUCGUGGAUUUCAAUUA